AUGGGUCGUUUUGUUUUACAAUUAAUUAUCUUACAAUUAAUAGUAUUUGUUAACGUCUCUGGAUUUUUUCUAUCAAACAAAAUAAAAACUGCAACUAAAUAUGAGCUUCAACAAAAAGUUUUCACACUUGGUACAUCGUAUACAGUUAAAGAUGAUGAAGGUCAAUCUGUUUAUAAAAUUGGUUUUAAAAAAAUCAGUCUUGGUAAACAUCUUCAAUUAACUGAUAUUUCUGGUCAAAAAGAAUAUUAUUCAAUUAAACAUAUUCUUAAUCCACUUGGUUUAGCUAAAUAUGAAAUUCGUCAAAAUGAUGAUGUUAUAGCUGAUGUAAAACGCAAAAUAAAUCUUUUUGGUGGCACAAAAUUUAAAAUUAACUCAAAAUAUGGUGAGCUUAAAAUUGAAGGUGAUUUUGUUUCACGUGAAUUUACAAUAAAAAGAGAUCAUAAAAUUGUUGCUACUAUUUCAAAGAAAUUCUUUGCAAUUGGUGAUAAAUAUGGUAUUAAAAUAGAACAAGAUCAAGAUGUACCAUUUAUAUUAGCUUUAGCUAUUGUUGUUGAUGAAGUAGUUCAUGAUUAA